AUGAACUUGAUCUUCCACGACAUACUGGGAAAGGUUUUAGAGGUGUACAUCGAUGACGUAGUCGUCAAGUCUCAGAAGAAGGAGGACCAUAUCACGGAUCUCAGGAAAGUAUUUGAGCGCAUGCGAAGACAUAGACUCAAGAUGAACCCGGCCAAAUGUGUGUUUGGGGUCCAGGCAGGGGACUUUCUGGGGUUCAUAGUUCAUCAGCGAGGAAUUGAGGUCCCCGAAGACAAGGCGAGCGCAGUCAUUAACGCAUCUCCCCCGCGGACGAAAAAGGAGUUACAACGUUUGUUGGGCAAAAUCCAACCAUUCUCGCCCUUGCUGAGGUUACAAGGGCAGAAUGAGUUUGUGUGGGAGCCUAAACAUCAAGAGGCUUUUGACAGUAUCAAGACCUAUUUGGACAAUGAUGGCGGUGUUGAGCAUGCUAUAUUUUAUCUCAGCCGCACAUUGACAGACUGCCAGACAAGGUACACCCCUAUGGAGAAGUUGUGCCUAACUCUGUACUUUUCAGCGUGCAAGUUGCGACACUACAUGCUAUCCUUUACCACUUGCAUCAUCGCUCAAACCGACCUAGUCAAAUACAUGUUGUCGCGGCCUAUCUUGAGGGGCAGCAUUGGAAAAUGGGUAUUGGCUCUCUCAGAGUUUUCGCUCCAAUAUGUACCACAGAAAGCUGUCAAAGGACAGGCCAUCGCAGACUUUCUCGCGCAUCAUCCUACGUUAGAGAUACCCGCACUGAAGGAGUUAGAGAUAGCCUCCACCACUACAACUCGACCAAAUUUAGCGUGCAUCCCUGAGUACACGGUUUGGUACCAAGCUACGGUCUCUCUGCAGCCUUGGGUAUUAUUCUUUGAUGGCUCACGAACUGACACACGGGUUGGUGCAGGAAUUGUUUUGGAAAACCCAGCCGGUGACCGCUUCUCUUAUUCAUUCCAGCUAGCAUUCCGGUGUACUAAUAAUCAGGCUGAAUAUGAGGCUCUUAUCAUUGGACUCAAAGUCUUACUGGAAAUGGGCUUACGGGACGUUCAGAUCCGCGGCGAUUCUCAGCUCGUUAUAAACCAGCUCCAGGAAAAAUAUCACUGUGCGAGUUGGUUGCUUGUACCAUAUCUGAAUCGCGCCAUUGAGCUUCUGGACCAAUUUACCGAUGUCGAUCUGGAGCAUAUACCACGCGAGCGUAACUUUGCAGCUAAUGAGCUCGCUCAGUUGGCCACAGGCAUUACAUUGAAGUAUGGAGUGCGCGAGCGCAUUUUGAAAGUUGAGCGUCGCACAUUACCUUCAUGGCUUGCACGACCUGAUCCACCAGAUGAUCCCGUAGUCGCGGUGCUAGACCCUAUUGAUGUGGAUUGGCGAAUCCCGUUGAUUGAGUACUUCAAACAACCAGACAACAGAGCUGACAUGAAGAUUCGUUUCCUCGCAUUAACCUACUUCCUUCGAGGCGAUGAAUUGCGACGACGUGGGGAGGAUGGUAUAGACUUUCGGUGUGUCUAUGGUCGCGAAGCUAAAUGA